CCCCUCGUAGGCCGUAGCUUGUACCGUAGGGAUCCCACGUUCAGCAAUUAACAACUUAAAGUGACGCCGUCGAAUUGUGUUUUCAUUUUGUUUACAAGUUCAAAAACCAAAUAAUUGCUGUCAUUCAUUGAUUCAUAGGUCGAAUAAAAUAAAUUAUUUUGAAUUUUUAUUGAUCGUCUUACUACGUGUUCAACAAACGGUCAGAAGCACUGACGAUUACUACUAUUAGAAAUUAUAAUUUCCUAGUACGAGCGAAAGUCAGUCAUUAUGUACAACACAAAGAAUACAAGUACGAAAAAUCGAUUUUGUAAUUUAUGCAAUCAAAAAACUUUAAAAAGAGUAUCAGAUUUUUGAUUGAUUUUGUUUGUAGGACAUUUAAAAAUGUCUCUUAUCUUUUCUAGAAUAGGUACUUAAAUUAAAAGGCACACCUAUGAUUUACCUACCUAGUUAAAACAUUAACAAAUACUAUUGUAUUAUUUUAAAAAUUAAACAUUGGAUAUAAGGUUUCUAUUUUACCAAUCUACCAUGGUAUAAGUUUAAUUUGUAGUAGGUAUGUAUGAUAUUGUAUAUACAUCAUAAGUAUAUCAUACCUAUACCAAUGUAAUUUAUACAUAUACUGAGUUCUAUGUAUUUAAUCAAAUUUCUUCAAACAUAUUAUAUAUAUUUAAUUACAUAAUUUUUAUUUUAUUUGUUAAUAUCUAGUGUAAUUUUGUAAUUUCAUAAGCUAUAUGGUUAUUGUUGAAUUAUUAAUCUAUAUUAAUUUACUUAGUAAUAUUAAUUAUAACAAAAACAUUGAUAUUUCAGGAUGGCCAUAGAAAGAAAAAAUGCAAUUUUAAAAUAUUAAUACUAAUUAUUCAGAAUCUAGGAUAUAAUCUCCCCAUUUACUUAUUAAUUUUAUAGUUGUAAUUUCUAUACCUUACUUAAACUUAAACUUAAACUUAAAUAAAUUAUUGUGAAGGUACUGUAAGUGAAUACAUAUAUUGGUUAAAAACUGAAAUGAUAUGAUAAAAUCACUCGUUAUACUAGUUGUCCCUCAAUAAUUUUGAAACUUAAAAUAAUUUUUGUUCAAUUCAAUAUUUUUAAUGUACAAUAGAAUUUGCAUAAAGGGCACAACCGCUUAAUGCAGUGGAUCUUAAACUUUUGGUGCACACGAACCCUUGAUGUUGAUGAAAGACUUAGAAAAUGCAGAUUCCAUACAAAUUUUCUUUCGAAUACCUUUUUUAUAAAAUAUCUGAUGUUGUCAUAAUUAAUAUUUACCAAUAGAGCAGCUGCCUACCACAGUUAAAGAAUCGCUGGCUUAAUGGAGAUAAAUUGGCAGAGUUCUGAACGAAUGUAUUGGUUUUGGCAAUUUAUAAUUGUUUAUUGGGGACAAACUGUCUUACUUUUUUAUCAAAAUUAUCUAAUUUGUAUUUCUCUAUUAAAUUUUAUAUUUACGUAUUUUAUGUUUUUUUAUUAUUUAUUUUUCUCCUACUAUCUCAUAUUUUCAGUGCAUUAAUGUUCUUCUGUUUUUAUUAAUCUCAAUUUGUGUAUGUUUACACGUAGCCAUAAUGUCUUAAAAAGAUUAACGUUCUUUAAAAAAUUUUUAGUACUAGAUACAAUACAAGCUUAACCUCAUAAAAAUAGUGUUUGUGAAUUAGAGAAAUGAAUAGAUACAUCUAAAACUGUAACUAGUUGAUUGAAAAAAAAUUAUCCGUAAAUGAUGAAAAAAAUUAAACGACAGAAAAGGCAAAGACCCCAAAGUGGACAAAGCUAUGAACAAAUGGUUUUUUGCUGUUACUGAGCCUGAUGUUCGAGUUUCAGGUUCCAUGUUACAGCAGAAAGCUGAAUAUUUUACUAAAAAAUGAAUGUGAACAGUUUUUUUUAUAAAUUAUUCAGUUAAUUGUAACAAUAUAAUUAAAAUAGAUUACUGCCCUAUGUGUCUCUAUUAAGCGGAUUCUACUGUAUAUAUAUUUUUAAAUAAUUUUUAUGUCUCUGCAUUACAGUUAAUAUAUUAAAAUGUAUUUAUUUUUGAUGGAGGAAUUUAAAAGGGAAGAUUUUGUCCAAUUAUCAUUUUUCAUUCCAUAAUGUUCUUAGGUCUUUGAAAUUUAAACUAUGAGUUUGUAAUUUAUGAUGUAAUUAUGGAUUAGUUUUGAAUUUUUUUUUUUAAUAACCAUAGACCAAUUAAAUCAAAUAUAAACUGAAAAAAGUUCUUAUAAGUGCCGUAACUGGCGACUCCAUAAUAUUUUAUUGUGAUUUUUUGACUAUUAAUCUCUAAUACAAUUUUUGACUUUCUAUAAAAAAUAAAAUAUUUUUAUUAUUCUGCAGGUAACAGCAGUGUUAGUAAUCAUUACAACAGGAAGGAACCCUUCAAUCAACAACAACAAGUAAUGUUUAACAUAUUUUAUUUUAUAACUUCCGUGAGUUUCCUGAAUUAAUUUUUGAUUUAGAUGGUUAGAAUCAAAUAAAUUAGGUGAGGUUGAGUGUCUAGGAUCUUUUGUACAAAAAAAAUUGUGGCUUUUCAAGGACGUGAAACAUAGGAUUAAGUGUAGUUUAAUAAAGUGGAUAGAAGGGUCAGGUGUUUUAUGUGACAAGAAAAUUCUAUAAAAGUGUGGUGAUAUUGACUAUGUUGCAUGGUAGACAAAAAAAGUAAAGCAGAAAAUGAGUGUAAGAUAGAUGACAAUGCCUAAGUGGGUGAGUGGAGUGACAAGAUGUAGAAUAGGUAUAGAAUAAGUACUCAAGAGUAAAAUAUUAUAAUUAUUAUUAACUAUUAAUUUAGUGGUUACUGGCUGAAACACUGUGUGAUGGAUUCCUAGUGAUUAUUAUUUAUAAUAAAUCAUUAACUUUAUAAUAAUACUUUCAUAUUAUUAUGUCUGAAACUACUAUUAUAUUUAAUAUAUAUUUAUUUACCAGUAAGUUUUCAGAAUACUCAUUGAAUUAUCAUUAACUGUCUAGUCUACUUCAGUUAUACAGUUUUAUAUAGAUAUGUAUGAUUUAUUACUUUGUUGUAAUUUUGUGCAUAAAUAUUGAAAACAAUUUCCAUUUUUAUCUAACACUUUUACAAAUUGUUUCAUUAGACCCAGUCUUAUGUGUAAAGGUGGUAACAAAAUAUUUUUAGGGUCAACCAAAUUAUUUUGUAAUAUAUUUUUAUUUCCUACGAUUAAAUUAUUUCUUAAAGGCCACUGCUUUUGAAUCCAAUGUUUGUCACGCGCUCGACUAUCCCAUUCAUAAAUAUGACACGGAAAUUUUGUAUAUCCUUGUUUUUGACCAAAUAGCAUACGUAUUAUUUUUAAAUCUACACAAAUCAUCAAUUUGUGUUCUAUAUAUUUUAUUUUUUCAAGAACAAAAUUUAGAUUAUCACAAGUUUUUUUAAGAUAUACUGAAUGGGCUACUUGCACAGAGGCUAACGUAUUACCAUUAUGUAAUAAAACUCUUUUUAAACUUCACUUACUUGAAUCUAUAAACAAGCGCCAUUCAUUUUUAUUAUAUUCAAUAUUUCCUAAUAAUUCAUUAAUCAAAUUGGGAAUAUUGUUACAAUAUACUAAUGAUUGCUCUUGAGUAAAAUAUUGAACAUACUCAUGUUCACACAAUUUCUAUAAAAAGAUGACAAUACACAUGGAACUAAUAAGUUUUUAUUUUGAAGUCUUGAAGCUAAAAUUUCUGAAACAUCUUUGGGAAGAUCCAAGUCUCGUAUAAGGUCAUUUAAUUCAUUUUGUGUGAAAAUUUGAGGCGCAUUACAUGAUUCUUCAUAAUAAUCUGAGUUAUUAUAUUCAAUAUCACUAGAUUUAGAUGUUGAAAUGGUAUCAAGAUUUACUGUACAUAAAGGUACGGGUAUAGUAGGUCCAUGCAGUAUGGGUCUUAUAGCAGAUUGAAUAUCGUUGGGAUAGAUAAUAUUUUUUUUAUUAAAUCCUUGUACAUUACACAAACAAAAAUAACAAUCAUCUCCAUGAUUUUUAGGUUCAUGUCAAACCAUUGGUAUUCCGAAACAAAAGCUUUCUUCUUACCUUUAAUCCAAUUUCUAAGGUCUUCGACACAAAUUUUACAAACUUUAUGAGGUGCCCAUGGUUGUUUUUGAUCUCCAAUUUGUAUUUCAAAAUAUGCAUAAUAUAAUUUUUUUUACAAAUAGAGUGAUGUUUUAUGUUUGGUUUUUCACCAUACACUUUCCACAAAUGAAACAAAAAAUGUCUGGACCAUUAACACAACGUCCUCUUUCCAUAUUGAUAUAAUUAUUAUAAUACUAAUAAUAAUUGAAUAUUAACAAGGAUAUAUACUUGUAUAUCGAAACUGUGACACUGAAUGAUCAAAAUUAAAAUUAUAAUAAACACAAUUAUCUCCAAGCAUCCUUUAUUAGCCAGCCAUAUCUUAAAUAUCUAUAAAUAAAAAUUAUAAUAAACACAAUUAUCUCCAAGCAUACUUUAUUAUCCAGCCAUAUCUUAAAUAUCUAUAAAUAAAAAUUAUAAUAAACACAAUUAUCUCCAAGUAUAUUUUAGUAGCCAGCCAUAUCGUAAAUACCUAUAAAUAAAAAUUGUUGAUAAUAAGAGAUUUAUUAUUAGUUGUCAUACACAUAUAAUAUAUCAUAAGAAAUAAACUGUAUGUCGACUAUUUCUAAAUAAUGUUAAAUAGUGAUAACCGGAUAACUUUGAAAGAUUAUGUAUUAGGAAAAAACUAAUUAUAUUUUUGAAAUUAGCGUUGAAAAAUACAUAGAAAUCAGCUAUUCAAUUUUUAACAUCAAAAUCUUUGUAGACUUGUGUAAUUUGUAAUUUUAUAGAAAUCUACCAAUCAACAACCAGUUAGUAAAGGACCCAUUACACGAGCGACACGAAGUCAACAACUGAUUCAAUCAUUAGAAUCAAAUAAAGUUAAUCAGUCCCCUGAAGUACAAUCACCUUCAAUGCAAGAUAAUCAGGUACUAAUAAUUAAUAUUUAGAGAAUUAUUUUUAUUUUAUUACAUAAUUGUCCAAAUUAUAAUUCUUGAAAUCUUUAAAAAACACUAAAUUAAAUAAUGUGCAUGAUAUUAUUUUGUGAAUUUAUAAUAUAGGUAGGCCAUGCAGUUCAUAAAUUAGAAGUUUACACAUUAUUUUUUCUGAUUUACCUUUAAUUGACUAAUUUACUAAUGUUAUAGAUUCUAAUGUUUAUUUAUAUACUACUAACAUUGUAUUAAUUUCAAAACCAUUAUAACAUUGAAAAAGAAUGAGUCUAUAUUAUUUUCUGACAAGUAAUGGAUAUUUAUUUAUUCAAUUGAAGUAAAAUAACAGUAGGUACAUCUAUUUCAGAGUCGUACUGCUGAUUUGAUCUAUGCAUAACAUGUUUGGAUUAAAGUGUGCAAAUAUUCUCCUUGAGGCUUCUCCUAUAAACGUGAGACAGCUAAGCUAAAAAAUGUGUUGCGGUGAUGUAAAUUCAGUAAAUUUGAAACAGUAUCUGGUCAAAAUAUUUCAAAAAAACUAAAGUUAAAAUAAAUCAACAUUUAUAAAAGUACAUACUUAAUAUAAGCAUUUAUCCAUAUAUAUUGAUAUUUAAUCUAUACAAUUUUUAAAACCUCAAAUUUCUUUCUUUAAAAAAAAACAUAAUCUAUACAAUUUUUAAAACCUCAAAUUUCUUUCUUUUAAAAAAAACAUAAUCUAUACAAAUUUUUAUUUGUUUUUCAUAUGUUAAUACAAAUUAAUAAAUAUCAGCUACCAAAGUAUUUUAAAUGCUAUUUAUAAUAUAAUAGUUCAAGUAAAAUAAUUAUCAUUAUUUAUAAGUUUUGAGUGAUGUAAUUUCUGUGAUAAUUGUGUAUAUUGUCUUUUUAAUAAUUAAUUCUAAAAUCAUACACUUAAGCUAGUUUACAGAUUUUAUUUCAUUUUUACUAUUUGAUUACUAUUUGAAAUAAUUUUAUUUGUACAAUUAUAUUAUCUUUAUUGGAUAUUGCGUUUUAUAUAUUUAUUGCAUUUUAUUUCCCAAAAUAUUUAUGCAGUUAUUUUUCAGAUAUUUUGACCUAAAACUGGCUGAAGCUAUUUACUUGUUGCCAAUAAUCUAUCUAAUUAUUAUUUAAACAAAUAAAUAAAUAGGUAUCUAUUUAAAUUUUAAAACAAGGACAAAUAUGAAUGAAGGAUAGAAAUAAAAUGGGUACUAUUAAUAGUGUCAAAUUAAUUUAUAUAAUUAUUUAUUAAAUACACAAAAAAUGAUUGGUAAUUUGUUUUGGUUUUAUAUUUAUAAAAUUUAAAAGAAAUAUAUGGUACUAGUAAAAAUAUAUUUUCAUUUAUUUAAUUGGCAACUGGUAAACCUAACCAUUAAUUUGAUGCCAUAUUUAUCAUAUGAUAUGAUAUGUAGGUUUCUGUAAAUUGAUACAAAUUUUGUGUUUAUUUACAGACUAAAGUUAAUGAUAUUAUGACAUCAUUUGUGGUGGAUGGUGUCAUAGCUCUUUUGGUGACUUCAUAGACCUUGGCAGAUCAAAUAAUGCCUUCUUCUAAUUAAAUAAUAAUAACAAUAAUACCUAAUAGUAAUAAAAUAAUUUAAAUAAAUAUUAUUAUUGUUAUUAUUAUUUAUUCUAAACUGUUGCAAUGUAUUAUCUGCUAAAGUAUAUGUGUCUUAUGUUGCCAUGUACUUUGAAUAGUAUUAGUAAUGUUUUACACCUUAUAUAAAUACAUUUGUUUGGUUCACUUGAUGAACUAUAUAACUAUAGAAGGAUACUGCAACAAAUUUAUUUUAUGUCCUAAUUGCCUAUAUUCAUUGACCCUGCAUAUCAGGUGUUACAAUACUAAUUAUAUACAUGGUACACUGCAAUGUAAACUGAAUAUACUUCUUCGCCGCGUUUAUAAAAAUUGCUUAUGUUGUCUCAUUGGCUGUACAGAGCAUUAUAACAAAACCUGAAACAAAUCAAUCAGUCGAAGGAUCAAAUGAAGAGAAGCAAGACGUAAAGUGGCUACCCAAGCGUAGUAUGUUUAUUUAUAUUUAAUGUGAAGUAAAUGUAUUAUGUUCAUAGGAUUUAAAUUUUUUUAUUUUUAGAACUGAAUAAAAAAGAGCAGAAAAAACGGCUUAAUGCUCGCAUGCGUCGUUUAGUAUGCCCUAAGAGUCCAUUAAUGGUAUUUUCUGAGUUAUACAAAGAUGUGCCUAUUAAAUUAGAUGAGCAGAUACAUGACAAUUGUAUAAUUUUUACUGCUUCAAUUGAGGCAAGAAAAAGUUUAUAAUUAGACAAAUUGAUUUGUUCACUGAGUUACUUAUAAUAUUAUAUUACAUGCAUUAUUUAGAUUGAUGGUCAAGUGUAUACUGGAGAUCAUGUUUCUAAGACUCAAGCGAAACAAAAAGCGUGCGAAAACUUCUUACGUUUGAUGUUGUCAAAAAAAAUUAGUGAACCAACUUCAAGUUCUGGUAACUAAUAUUAAUAAAUUAUUAAGAGUUGGGCUCAGAUUUAAAUGCCAUGAAAAUAAUACAAAUAAUGUAAAAAUAUUCAAAAAUACAUUUUAGCAAAAUAAUAUAUAAGCAAUUUAUUACCUUUCUCUUCUCCUGUGGUCUAAACUUUAAACAUUUAUACCACAUAAUCUAAUAUUAGUGGUAUGCAUAUAAAAAUGUCUAGAAAAAUAUUCUUUAUUCAAAUCUGAGUUCAAAAGGGGUUUUCUAUUUAAAAAGCAAAUGUAUGCACUUAUUUAAAGUAUAUGAAGUAGGGUUAAAAAAUUAAAAAUGGUUUUAAAAUAAAGCGAAAAUAAAACUAUUACAUAAUUAUUAGAAAAAACAGAAAUAAGGUCACUUAAAAUCCUAAGAAAUAAUUACUGGUUCAUGAUAAAAAAAAUCAUCCUGUAUAUUAUAUAUAUUAUCUAUACCUAGAGGUAUAGAUAAAAAUAAAUAAUAUUAUCAUAAUAGGUUAAAACUUUGAAAAAAUGUUUGAGAGGUCUCAUUAAAAAAUGUUCAACUCUGAUGCAUACAGGCAUCACUGCAAGUAGAGUUUAAUGCUUACAUAUGCUUUUGUUUUAAUAUAACUUUGAGCGAUCUGAGAAAUUGAAGUUUGUUCUCAUAUGAAAAGCAUAUGUAAUCACUUCCAAGCGGUUGGCUUGCAAAAAGUAUUAUUCUGUAAACUUUUACAAUGUACCAUUUAAACUUAAUAUUCUUUCUGAUAUUCUUACACAUUUAAUUUGUGCCAUUUAUUUGAUUUUUGUAAAUAUUAUUUAUUUUAAUUUACUAUUGUAAUAGUUUUUUCCUUGUGAAGUCUAAAUAAAUUAUAAUAAAAAAAAAAAAAAAAUAAUAAAUAAACUUCUACAAUUUAUUUAAUUAGACAAAAAAGAGGAAGGUGCUGUUACUGCAGAGGAUACUAUGGACGUAGAUAGUACUGACAAUUCAAAUUCUGUUAAAUCUAAGGGACCACCACAAGAAGAUUUUCCAUGGCCACAUUUCGCUUCAUUAGCAAUGCAUAACCUUAUAAGUCAUUGGGAUUUACAGCCUGCACCAAAAAGUACACAUGAAGUAACAAGUGUUAGAGCACCAUUAAAGGUAAAUAUUUAUUUUAUGUAAUGUUGUUUACUUCUAAAGUGAAAAUUGAUUAUAUUAACAUUUCAACAUAAACAAUUACACUUAUCUAAUUCUAACAUUAAAAAUAAGUUAUUGAUUUUAAUAUUUUAUUUUUAGGUUGGUGGCAUGAAAAAGUUUCCUACUAACCCAGAAAAUUAUAAUCCUGUUCAGUUAUUACAUCAAAUGUCACCUGGUAUUAAAUUUAAUGAGAUAGCCAUUGCUACAACUAGUCAAUCACGUUUUGAAGCAAGCUGUGAAAUGAAUGGUGUAACAUUUAAGGGUCAAGGUAAUAUUUUGAAAAAAAACUUAAUAGUCUUCCUCAAAGGUAUAAUACUUGAACUAUUAAGCCACCUCUUUAAAGGAAUUUGGAUUUUUUUUAUUAAUCACAAAUAAUGUUCUAUCUAGCAGUAUAAUAUCAAAAACUUCAACCUUAGUCUAAUGGUAGUGACAUAUUAUAUUUAUUUUAAUCAAACAUUUUUUAAUCUUUGUGUCAGUGCCCUUAGAAGAUAUUGGAUUGGGCUUAAUAUUUAUUUUAAUUUUUUACAGGCUAUUAUUAUUUGUUCAUACCAAAAUUAAUUUAAAUAUUGUUUUGAUAGCUCAAAAUAAUAAUAAAUUUUAUUUAUUUAAAUGUAUUUUAUAGGACCAACAAAAAAAGCAGCUAAAAGAGAAAGUGCGAUUGCAGCAAUUAAAUAUGUUUGGGGUUUUGAUUUCAAUUCUGUAGAGAAAAAAUGAGUAGACAAUUUUUUUUAUUUUUAAAUUAUUAUUUUUUAAUUCAGUAAUUGAUUUAGUUAACUAUAAUAAUACUGUACUCAUCCUGGAAAAAUAUAUUAGUUAUAUUACUGACUAUAUAUAUAUUUUUAUAGUACAUACAAUUAUUAUUUCUAUUGCUUUAAUUUUUGUAUUUUAUUAAUUUUUCUCAUAUGAAUAUUAGCUACAAACACCUUAUUUAGAAAUUUUGAGUAGUAUUAAAAUAUAUGUGUGUGAAUUAAAUAAACUUAAAAUGUAUUUUAGUUCUUAAUAAUAUUGUACAACUAUUAUUGAAAAAUUAAGUUUUAUACCUUACUUUAUUAUUAAUUAUGAGUCUAGUUUUAUACAUGUCUAGUACUUAUGUAAUCUUACAAUUUAUUUUAGUUCUUAAUAAAAUUAUACAACUUUCAUUGAAAAAUUCAGAAUUAUUCCUUGUACCUUGCAUUCAUUAUACUAUUCAUGUAUCUAUUUCUGUUAUUAAAUAAUUAAUUUUUUAAUAAUUGUAGUAUAUUUGUAUAAAUUGUAUUUAAUUAAAAGAAAUAACAUAUUUAUAAUUAACAUUAGUCAUUUUUUUUUGUAUAAUAUACUUAAUAAUUAAGAAAAAUACAUAAAUUUAGCGCACCCCUCAUGAUUUUCUAAAGAAAUUUGUUGAAAAAUUGUUCUUUUUUAUGAUAAUUCUUAAAAUCUUAUUUUUUUAUUUUUUUUUGUAGAAAUCAUUAUUAUAAAAGUUAAAGCAAAAAACAUCAAUGUUAAUAGGUUAUUAAUGCUACUAUUGUUAUUACACUAAAAUUCUGUUUGUAUAUUCAGCGUCAAAACACGUAUAAUUAAGAAAAAAUAUAUAUAUUUAAUUAGUGAGGGUUAAAUCUAGUUAAGAUGUAUAACAAUUGUAAUUUAUAUUUGAAAAAAACAUUAGAUACCUUAUUAUUUCAAUGUUACUUUCAAAAUCUAUAAUCAUACUUUCAACUAUAUUAUAUUGGCAAUCAUAAAAUUAUAAAGGUGGUUCAAAAAUUUGAACUUUAGAUUUUCGUAACAAGCAAAUUAUUAUUUUGUUAAGAGAUAUUAAAUAAUGAUUCUGUAAAAAUUUAGAUUUGAUACUUCAUUCCCUUCACGUGCUGCAUAAGAGUUGAAAAAUAACCAAAUGGGAAAGUUUUUUGUUUUUUGAACUUGAGUAAAGAAAAUGUAACAUUUCGAUUUUUACCAAAUGGAACUAAAAAUUUAUUUAACAAGUAUUUUUUUUAUUUAUCAAGACUAGGC